AUGCCGGCACCUACUGCUCUUCGGCAGCCAGAGGAGGCCUCGGUGCCCCAGCAGACAACUAUUCCAGCCGACCAAGACGAUGAGAUUCUGAUCGACGCCCAUGCCACAGCCGAGCAAUCGAGUAGGCCGGUGGUCGACUCGGCGGAGGAUGAGAUGCGGAUCGACGAAGAGGGCCGACCGGUGUUCACGCCCUCCAAAGAAACCAGCGCAGCGUAUAAGGUGGAAACACGCAAGGUGCCUGUGCCGCCACACCGCAUGACGCCGCUCAAGGCGAACUGGGCCAAGCUCUGUCCUCCAAUUGUGGAGCAUCUCAAACUGCAAGUGCGGAUGAAUAUCAAGAGUCGCGCGGUGGAGCUGCGAACGUCCAAGUUCACGACCGAUGUGGGAGCCCUGCAAAAGGGUGCCGAUUUCGUCAAGGCCUUCACCCUCGGCUUUGAUCUCGAUGAUGCGAUCGCGCUGCUUCGACUGGACGACUUGUACAUCGAGACGUUUGAGAUCAAAGACGUCAAGACCCUCAACGGCGAGCACCUGGGUCGUGCCAUUGGCCGCAUUGCUGGAAAGGACGGGAAAACCAAGUUUGCCAUUGAGAAUGCCAGUCGCACCCGAGUGGUCCUGGCCGACGCAAAGAUCCACAUCCUUGGUGGGUUCAAGAACAUCCAUAUCGCUCGCGAGGCCAUUGUCAGCCUCAUUCUGGGCAGUCCUCCGGGCAAGGUCUAUGGUAACCUUCGCACGGUGGCAUCACGAAUGAAGGAACGGUUUUGA